AACCUCUAAUAAAGGAGAAUAAAUGCCAAUGCUUUCACCGUGAAACUCAGAUCUUAAUCUCAAUAUUGAGAUCUACCCUUCAGCUUUCAAGUGAUGAAUUCACGAUAAAACAAUUUCUGUCCUGAAUCCGGGCCCUGUCCUAAUAAGACAGCCAUGGCCGUCUACUCCCUCAUCAUCAUCAACAAGGCCGGCGGGCUGGUCUACCAGCGCGAGUUCCAGUCUGGGCUGCGCAAGCUAUCCACGAACGACUACCUGGUUCUCGCAGGGACAUUUCACGGCGUCCACGCCAUCACCCGCUCCAUCACACCGAAACUCCCCGCCCUCCCCCCUUCAAUAACGACUGGCUCCUCCUCCUCCAGUACACCAACACCACUCCCAUCAUCCACACAGUCACAGUCACAGACACAGACACGCACCCAGACGCCAACCUCCGGCCCGGCAUUCACAUUACCCAACCCCGGGAUCCCCACGACGGGGCUGGAGGUGCUCGAAACAGAUAAAUUCCGCCUCACAUGUUUCCAGACCCUGACGGGAACCAAGUUCCUGCUCUUCACGGAUCCGGGCAUGGUCAACAUCGACGGCGUGGUGAUGAAAAUCUACGAGCUGUACGCUGACUACGUGAUGAAGAAUCCUUUCUAUCAGCUGGAAAUGCCGGUUAGAUGUGAGGCGUUUGAUAGGCAUCUGGCGACCUGGUUGCGGGGCAGGGCAUGACUUGAUCCUCUUCUUCUUUUUAACAGUUGACGGGUAACUACCUACUUUUUUGUACAUAGCAUAGAUA